AUGGCGCCAUACGAAGCAUUAUAUGGAAGAAAGUGCCGAUCACCAAUCCAUUGGGACGAAGUCGGCGAGCAAAAAUUAUUGGGCCCCGAACUAGUCCAACACACCGUCGACAUAAUUAAAAACAUCCGGGAGAAAAUGAAGUCGGCCCAAGAUCGCCAACAAAAAUACGCAAAUAAAAGGAGACGAGACUUAGAAUUCAAUGUUGGCGACCACGUAUUUCUAAAAGUCGCUCCACUCAAAGGAAUUAUGCGAUUCGGAAAUCGAGGGAAGCUAAGCCCUCGAUAUAUUGGACCUUUCGAAAUUCUCAAUCGAAUUGGUACUCAAGCCUAUCGCCUUGCCCUACCACCACAUCUAUCUCGAAUACACAAUGUCUUUCACGUAUCCAUGCUCCAAAAAUACCUUCCUAACCCCGACCACGUCCUUGAAUUCGAACCUAUAGAAUUAUCCCCAAACCUAUCUUUUAUCGAAGAACCCGUCCAAAACUCCGAAAUAAAGAAAUCCGCCUUAUCAAAGUUCUUUGGAAAAAACCACUCUCCGGACGAGGCGACGUGGGAACUCGAGGAUGAGAUUGAGAGUCGGUACCCGGAAUUAAUCGAGAAAGGUACAAAUUUCGGGGACGAAAUUUCUUUAAGGGGGGAAGAUUGUAACACCCCGCGUCUCCGAUAA